UCAGGAAUCCAGACAGCAACGCACAGCAGAGCAACCAGCAACUUCUCCGCUGACUAAAAGGCAGCUCAGUCGCCUUUUACGCACACACUCAGCGUACAUCUACCCAAGGAAAAGCACCCGUGUAUAACAAUGAUUAAGAAAAUGUCGCCUUCCGAGAGCGAUUUUGACAUCCCAGCGAAGAACUGCUACAGGAUGGUGAUUUUGGGAUCCACCAAAGUUGGGAAAACGGCCAUCGUGUCCCGGUUCCUGAACGGGAGAUUCGACGAGCAGUACACGCCGACCAUCGAGGACUUUCACAGGAAACUGUACAGCAUCAAGGGAGACGUUUACCAGCUGGACAUACUGGAUACAUCGGGGAACCACCCUUUCCCCGCCAUGAGAAGACUUUCCAUUCUGACAGGCGACGUCUUCAUCCUCGUCUUCAGCUUAGACAACAGAGACUCCUUCCAGGAGGUGCAGCGGCUCAAGCGGCAAAUCUAUGAAACGAAAUCAUGCCUGAAAAACAAGAUCAAAGAAAACAUCGACGUCCCUCUGGUCAUCUGUGGGAACAAGGGCGACAGAGAGUUUUACCGGGAGGUGCAGCAGGAGGAGAUCGAGCAACUAGUGGCCGGAGACGAGAAGUGUGCGUACUUCGAGAUCUCCGCCAAGCGCAAUGAGAACGUGGAUAAGAUGUUUCAGACUCUGUUUACCUUGGCCAAACUACCUCACGAAAUGAGCCCCGACCUUCACCGUAAAGUGUCCGUGCAGUACUGCGACAUGCUGCACAGAAAGUCUCUGAAAAACAAGAAGAUGAAGGACAUUGGGGAGGCGUACGGCGUGGUGACUCCGUGCGCCCGGAGACCCAGCGUGCACAGCGACCUCAUGUACAUUAAAGAGAAAGCCAUUGGAGGCAGUCAGGGCAAAGACAAAGACAGAUGUGUGAUCAGCUAAGCGGACUGUGAGGUGCAGACUGAACACAAAUCUUUGGAAGGAAAAGAAGCCUGGUGCGUCAGCUUGAGAGGCGACCUGUGCUGCCGGCUGCGCUCAAACUGACACCGGAGUUGUGGAGACGCCGGGGCCGCAGCCGUGCGUUAUGGCGCAGCGCUGCGUUUCCAUAGACACUGAACUGGAUCCGCCAGUCCGCUUAAACCGCCAAAAAACACCCACACAUUGCCCAUGAGAUUGAGAAUGUUAGCUUGUUCUGUCAAUCAGAGCCUCAUGUGUGAUGUGGCUUCAUACCCUGUGAGACGCGCGCAUCGAUGCGUAAAAUGUGUUUUGUUGACGUUUUGCCUUUUGCAGAUGCCGGAGAGCAGAGAAAAGAGACUCUUGGCUCUGGAGGUGCAAGGUUGGGGAGGGAAACAAUGCUGUUUACAUCCUAUCAUAGAUUUUCUAAUGGCUAAGUACACUUGAAUGUUUUGUUGCAAUCGGAACUAUUUUUAUUGUGAAUGUAUAUUUAUUGUCAAUGUUUUUUGCAAUGAAGAAAAUCUUAAAAUGUAAUAAAAAAAUCAACCACA